GAUCAGUGAUCAUCAAUAUUUCAGUCGAUGGAGAGCUCCGCUGCGGGACGCGGGUUAUUGUCACAAUUGUUCACAUAAUCGCGUGUCCUCUCGUCCUCUCUCCACUCGGGCGCCGAUUGAAAUUUUAUUGAGAUCGGAUUUCGGAAUAAUAAUGGCUUCGUCUUCAUCGAUAGAAUAUCGUGUCUAUGGAUUACCAGAAGACACGUUCUUUACAAUUUCUGCCAGUGACUUCCGAGGAAGAAAUAUACCAAACGGAACCCAAUUUGGCAAAUACACAAAAUACCGUUUUAUAAACCCUUUUUCAGGACAAGCCUCACAAGGCUUCAUUUUCGACGUUGUUGCAACGAGAGGGUUGGUGGUAAAAAAGGAGGAGGCCAAUAAUGACGUCAAAUGCGAGCCCGAUAACAUGACUUUCGAGCCGUCAGACACAUCUUCACCACUUGUCAUGAACGAAUCACCACCGGAGAUUGACCAAAGUGUUGUUGAAGUGGUUCCUGAGGAAUGGAACGCCAAGCAGGAGCUCAACUUCAACUCAUCACCAUUUGAUGAAUCGUCCGUUUUGAUCAUAGUGGACGAAGGCUCGUCGCCUCCCAUUAAUAAAAGCGCCGAUCCGAUCGUGCAGAAGAAACAGCGAACUGCAAAUGAACCAACUUCUGAUUUCUCUGCAGAGGACCAACAGUCAUCAUCAGGUGGCCAAGGCAAAGAGCAGGAUGAAAUUCCACAAGCAGAUCAAGAGCACCCGGCGACCACAUCCCCGGCUGCAGAUGUUACGGAGGAAGUUCAGCCUAAUAACCUGCGCGACUUGGAAGGUUUUGAAGCUGAGAAUCCUGAUUCCUCUGCAGAGGACCAACAGUCAUCAUCAGGUGGCCAAGGCAAAGAGCAGGAUGAAAUUCCACAAGCAGAUCAAGAGCACCCGGCGACCACAUCCCCGGCUGCAGAUGUUACGGAGGAAGUUCAGCCUAAUAACCUGCGCGACUUGGAAGGUUUUGAAGCUGAGAAUCCUGAUUCCUCUGCAGAGGACCAACAGUCAUCAUCAGGUGGCCAAGGCAAAGAGCAGGAUGAAAUUCCACAAGCAGAUCAAGAGCACCCGGCGACCACAUCCCCGGCUGCAGAUGUUACGGAGGAAGUUCAGCCUAAUAACCUGCGCGACUUGGAAGGUUUUGAAGCUGAGAAUCCUGAUUCCUCUGCAGAGGACCAACAGUCAUCAUCAGGUGGCCAAGACAAAGAGCAGGAUAAACUUCCUGAAAUAUUUACUGCUGACGAUGCAGACGACAUCCAGAAAGCAGUUGAGUCCAAUGAAAUGCUCUCACAAGAGUACGAGGCGACCACCCCUCUGGCAGAUCUUACGGUUCAAAAACAGCCUAACAACCUGCGCUUCAUAGCUUUGGAGGAUUUUGAACCGAAUCAGGAGGAUGAUCUAAGGUUGAAAAAAGGCGAUAUUAUUUAUGCUCCAAUGGAUAAAAAUUGGCUUGUUGGCUCGUCUAUAAGAGGUGUUGGAGCUUUUGCUCUGAAUUAUGUCAAAAUAGCACUGGCAGCUGAAGGAGAGGACAACAGGAGGAUUGUGCCUGAGAAUCAAAUCGAUAUGUCUGAGGACACUUCGUCACGUAAUACUGCGCCUCUGAUCCAUGAUGAAAAUGCCUCCACAAGCUCAUCAGUUGUUGCCAAAUCUACUUGUAGUCAUUCUUCGUCAAAAUGCUCGGAGGAAGAAGUUGAUGCAAGCUCCGGAGAGCAAUUGCCUGAAGAUAAAUGCAAGGAGUCACCUAAAGCUCCAAUUAUUGGUACUGUACAGGGAGUGAUGAUAUACCUUGGAGGUGAAUUUUUUGGCAGCAACGCUCGAAUGUCUCUAGUAAGUGAGAUUGCUACGACUCCGAAAUUGCUGCUCGAAGGCACGGUUCGAGGCGUAUGCGGUGUCAAGGUCCUGUCGGAAUCUACAGUUGGCAGAAAAACAGUAUCGGGCGCCAAACCCCUUCCUGAAAACUUAGUUGUCUCUAUUUGUGAUUUUGCCAACUACCUUAUAGAGAAGAAAUUUGGUAAACAAUUCAGGCUUAUUGUCAAAGAAGAGCCGGAAUACAGUGAAGAUGAAGUGGAGAAUUAUGGAGAGGAAGAAAAAGGAUUGGAAGGUGAAGAAGAAGGAAUGGAAGAUGAAGAAAAGGAAAAGGAAGCCAAAAGAAAGAAGGAAAAGAGGAAAAUCAACGCACGUGCCCUCCUUGCCACCCAUUUGGGAACCUUGAGAAGAUUUUUCCGUAAAAAGGUCGUAGAAUUCGAGGAUGCAGAGAAAAAAAAACCCAGUGGCAUUAACAGGGAAGACUUCGUCCUUAUGAACUCAAAGAUUGCUCCUGAGACUUACUGGGUAUAUAGCUAUUUCAAAAAAUUGUAGUUUAAUGUGUGUUUUCUUCUGUUAUAUCAAGUUUAAAUAAUUUUCUUUGUCCAAUCUGUACAAUAUGCGUACACAAACUUGUAUAAUUAAAGCAGCUUUCAUAAUAUUUCGGUUACAUCUGUUUA